AUGAGUAUGGCGCUCCUAGACUACGACCCUGAGUGGGAGGAGGUGGUGAAGGCGUUUCGGGGGCGGAAGCGGAAGCCGUUCUCAACGCGUAUCCGACCCCGCCGCCGCGUGAGGAGUGUGAAGGGGAAGGAAAAGGUACUGGAUGAGGAGGUGCAGGAGGUGGAGGAGGUGGAGGAGGUGGAGGAGGUGGAGGAGGUGGAGGAGGUGGAGGGAGAGGAGGGGGAGGAGGAGGGGGAUGAGGAGAUGGAAGAGGACGAGGAUGAGGGAAUGGCAGAAGGGGAGGAGUGCAGCAGUGGUGGCGGUGACUGGGAAGAUGAUCCCCAAUAAAAUAAAUCGUCUGAUGUUGUAGUAGACUAAGUAUAAAACUAGAAACACGAACACUUGGCAAAUCCUCAAGUGUUGGUCCAGGAUCUUUGCUGGAAUGUAGACUAAGUAUAAAACUAGAAACACGAACACUUGGCAAAUCCUCAAGUGUUGGUCCAGGAUC